CGGUGCAGGCGCAGAGAAUUGGGUUUGGCUGAACUAGAUUUAAAGAGACAGAAGCUGUCGCAGUCUAAGAAGACGAUCUCUAAAACCGUCUCCCUAAGUCCUUGGGGCCACUUCGGUCCCCAAAGCUGGGGAGAUGGUUUGCGGCGGCUUUGCCUGCUCCAAGAAUGCGCUGUGCGCGCUCAACGUGGUCUACAUGAUUACCAUUCCUGCCACGCUCCCCACUCCCAUCCCAGCCAUUCCGAUUUCCGAUGGGAGGAGAGCCCAGGGAUAUUCCAGCUGGUAGGCUUGUUGCUCAUUGGAGUGGCUGCUUGGGGUAAAGGCCUGGGGCUGGUGUCCAGCAUCCAUAUCAUCGGAGGAGUCAUUGCUGUGGGGGUCUUCCUUCUUCUCAUCGCAGUGGCUGGACUGGUAGGCGCCAUUAACCACCACCAAGUACUGCUAUUCUUUUACAUGAUCAUCCUUGGCUUGGUCUUCAUUUUCCAGUUUGUAAUCUCUUGUUCAUGUCUGGCUAUUAACCGAAGCAAACAGACAGAUGUCAUCAAUGCUUCUUGGUGGGUCAUGAGCAACAAGACCCGGGAUGAACUGGAAAGAAGUUUUGAUUGUUGUGGCUUAUUCAACCUCACAACCCUGUAUCAACAAGAUUAUGCUUUCUGCACCGCAGUCUGCAAGAUCCGGAGGCCCACAUGCCAGAUGUGUGGAGAAAAGUUCCUUAAGCAUUCAGAUGAAGCCCUGAAAAUCCUGGGAGGUGUUGGACUCUUCUUUAGCUUUACAGAGAUUCUUGGUGUCUGGCUUGCAAUGAGAUUUCGGAAUCAAAAGGAUCCUCGAGCUAACCCCAGUGCCUUUCUGUAAUACUUUGGAGCCUUCUGACUUCAUUCCUGCUCUCCCUAAGCUGUUUCUUACUCCCUUAGGGAAAACCCAGGGUCAACAGCCUUUUUUGUUUGAGAAAAAGGAAAGGCCCUUUGCCAUCCCCUAGUAAUUCAAUAGCCAGGCUCUCCACCUUGAUAUCUCUUAGUGGGAGCAAGGUUGUAAGGAAUGAAGAAACACUUCCCCUCUCCUUGAGUGGACAUGGGAAGUUCCUGGGAGUGCUUGAGGUGGUAUGGGGGUUGGAGUCAUUCCUGUCUAUCUCCCUUCUUCUCCCUUCCACAUGCUGGACGACCACCACGAAACAUCCUGGCCUGGCUCCAAGGGAAAAUCAGAGCCAGAGCCAGAGAGAAAACUACCAAGAACUCUUUCUUGUAAUAAGCAGGACCCAGUUUGGGGGAAGUUCAGUGAAUAUAAAAAUAAAAGCCAUUUAAACUCUAUAUUCAAAGAAGCAAAUUAGCCUUGGCUGGUAUGGCUCAGUGGAUUGAGUGCCAGCCUGAGAGCCAAAGGGCCUCCAGUUCAAUUUCAAGUCACAGCAUAUGCCUGGGUUGCAGGCCAGGGGAGCAGGGGGUAUGAGAGAAACCCCUACCCUCUCACAAUAUGUGAGAAACACAUUGAUGUUUCUCCCUUUUUCUCCUUCCAUUCCCCUCUCUCUAAAAAUAAAUUAAAAAUCUUUAAAAAAGGAAAAAAA